UCGUUUCUUUCUUUCUAUAUUUUUUUUCUUUAUUCUACUGAAAAAACAGAAGAAAAGUUUCUUUAUUUUUUCUUUUUGGGUAAGUAGAAGAAAAGUCUCUUUACUCUCUUCUUUCUUUCUUUUCCUCCUCAUUUGUUGUUUCGUUGAAACUUGAAACCUCUUCUCUCUCAAAGUAGUAAUCUAAAUUGGAAAAGUAUAAUAUAUUCUGUACUACCCGUCUAGUCUGCCUAUCGCACAAUUGAGGAAGAAGAAGAAGAAGCCUUUUUAAAGGUUCCAGACUGCAGGCUCCCAGUUAAGAAUGCCAGCUCAAAGAAAACCCGAGGAAAUUGUCCCAAUACUACUGGCUCGUCUGGAAAAAGCUAAGCAAUUUGUAGUAGGGCGUAUCAGCGAGAACAGUGAGGCAGACCCUCUAGUUUUGAAAUUCAAAGAAAUCGAGAUUGAACUUGGCAGCAUGAAACGUUUGUUCCCCAGGAUAAAACAUUGGGAAGGGAAACUCAUGGAACAGUUCAGAACUUUGGAGCAAGACAUUGAUGAUGAUGUUUUCUUUAAACAGCAUGACGAGGCUAAUGAGAUUCUUAAUAGAUUGGAGCGCAUCAGUGAGAGUGUUGUGUCUGUAAAACAGCUAUUUUCUGCAGUGGAAAGGCAGCUGAUGGAUAGAACACGUACGAUGCCUUCUUCUGGGAUGCAAUUCCCUUCUGAGGAGGCUGUUAGGAAGGAUCAGACAAUGUCUGAAGAGUGGUCGAGACUUGGUGUGGAGGAAAAAAUUUAUGCCAGCGAAGCAAUAUCAAAUUUUCAGAAAAGUUUUGACUGUCGGGAGAGCUAUCAAUUGAAAGCAUGCUCCUUGUGCCUUUCAAUUUUCCCUGAGAAUAGCAUCAUAAAGAAGAGACCCCUUAUUUACUGGUGGAUAGGAGAGGGUAUGGUCACUAAAACCUCAGAAAAGACUGCAGAGGAGGUUGGAGAAGAUGUCUUUAAUGAAUUGAUAAAUGAAAGCUUCAUAAUCCCCAAAUUUGAGAACCUUUCUCCCAAUAUAAACACUUUUAUUGUGCACCCUUGGAUUCGAAGAAUGCUGAUCUCGGUUGCAAAAAGACUUAGCUUUUUUGAAUUUACUUUUGAAUUUACUCCCUCAGGGACGCCUAGCAAUGGUCAUCGUCGCGCAUUCUUAUUGGCGGGUGGUAGUGAUUCAUACAGCACAAUGACCGAGGAUACUAUUAUGGUUUUCAAUGUAAAUGAUCAAUAUCUUGGAUUUAAACCUGACUGGCUCUCGAAGUUGAAUAGGGUUGAGGUUCUUCAGUUGGGCCGGUGGCAAAACUCUGUCAAACAUCAUAUUGAAGUGGAAAAUAAAGAUUUGACAGUUGAGUCGAAGAAGAAAAAGAAGGUGGAAUAUUAAGUCUCUUUGAAUGGUUUGGGAAGUCAGACAUCCCUAAGAUAUCUAAGCCUCAGAGCCGUUUCUAGAUUGACUAACCUACCUCAUUCGGUGCUUAACCUAAUAAGCCUUGAGAUCCUUGAUUUACGCGAUGUCACAAUCUAGAGAAACUGCCUUCUGAUAUAUCAGCACUGAGGAACCUUACUCAUUUGGAUUUAUCAGAAUGUUACCUGCUCGAAAGCAUGCCAAAGGGUAUUGAAGAGCUCUCUGCUCUUCAAGUACUCAAGGGCUUUGUGAUAGGAAUCGUCAGAAGAAAUCCAUGCAGGGUAAGUGACCUUGCUCAGUUGAAAGGUUUAAGGAAAUUGAGCAUAAGAAUAGGGAAUGAAGCUUUAGCAGAAGGGGAGUUUUCAAACUUGAAGGACUUCAAGGCUCUUCAAAUUCUUGUGAUAUCUUGGGAAAUAGUUUUGUCGCAGUCGAGUACAGAAGCUGCUCUGAGGUCAUUCUCAGUCCCACCAAAUCUAAAGAAACUUGAUCUCAGAUGUAUCCCUCUAGUGACCUGGCCUGAAUGGUUAGAGCCUGGCAGAUUGAUAUCUUUGGAAAAACUUUACAUCAGGGGAGGUGAACUCAGCAGCAUAGAGCGCCAUGAUGAAAAAAGUUGGAAAGUUAAAAUUUUACGUUUGAAGUAUCUGAAGAACUUGAAAAUUGACGAGCCAGAAUUAUGAUUAAUGUUUCCUGAGAUGGAGUACUUGGAGAAAGUCAAAUGCAACAAGAUUGGUCGAGAUGAAUAUGAUCCAGAUAUCACAUGGAACAAAAAGCAGCAUGAGCAAUUGUAGCAACUACUUGAACAAAGUCCAACCUGCAUGGUCAAGGGAGUUGGAGAAAGAGAAAGUGCUGCUUGGAUAAUCCUUCUGCUUUAAAUUUGUAAGGUCUCAAACUGCUCCAGACUCUCCAUGCGCUAAGUGUUUGCAUGGUGUAAUUUGAGGCAAAGUUUGACGCGAUGCCCAUUUAAUGCUGUGAUUGAUCUUGUUCAUGGCUUGCUCCCAGUGGUGACUCAGAUCAGGGGAAAAAAGCUUUAUGUUUUAUGGAUCCAUUUUCCGGGCUUUUCAAUUUUCCUUUUGCAUUAGAAUUUCUCUACUGUUGCAGGCUCCUGGAAGUUAACCAUAUCUGGAAGUGAAUGCAAUUGCAGCUGCCUAAUCUGCCUUGUAGUUUGUAAUAGGCUAUUUAUGAAAAAGUAUGAGGCCUGAUUUAACUGUAUAUUUGCAUUAUUUACCUGAGACAAUGUGGAAUUUGACAUUCAUCAAUCAUCUUGAUCAGACUUGCAUCACAAA